CCUGAAGUUGGAAUGUGAGAAAUUAGCAACCGAAAAAACAGAGAUGCAGAGGCAUUAUGUUAUGUAUUACGAGAUGUCCUAUGGCCUGAAUAUUGAAAUGCACAAACAGGCUGAGAUUGUCAAGCGGCUGACUGCGAUCUGUGCCCAGAUUACCCCCUUUCUCACACAAGAGCAUCAACAGCAGGUCUUGCAAGCCAUGGACCGGGCCAAGCUGGUGACAAUGGGGGAGCUGAACAACAUCAUUGGGCAGCAGCAGUUCCAACAUCUGUCCCAUCAGGCCCCUCCAGUUCCUUUGACCCCACACCCUUCGGGAUCUCAGGCUUCUAGCUUGGCUGCGGUCAGCACCACGGCUUCUGGGCUUCUGGCCCUCUCGGGGAUGUUGGGAGCCCAGAGCACGCUGGGGUCCAAGCAAGAAAACUCCGGGCAGGACUCCGAAAACAAUCAAG